UUCUUCUCUCACAUUGUGAGAACCAGAGUGCACGGGAUCGUCACAACCCAGGUUUGUUGCCUCACUUGACUCGCACUUGUCUCACUGUGUGGGAGUGUUUUCUUCUCUCACAUUGUGAGAACCAGAGUGCACGGGAUCGUCACAACCCAGGUAUUUCCAUACAGGUCAAACUAGUCUCUCUCUUGAAGCCUCCCUACUGCCUCUCCAACAUGUCAAGCUCACCACCUCACAGACCAGGCACAGCAAGGAAGAAGACAUCGUCUCCACCCGAGAUAAAGAUGACAAGGGCACAAGAGCUCCGGCAGAAGCCAAUGCAAUCGUCUAGCAGACUCAAGGUCAAGGCUGGUCUUCCGGUCGACAAGGGGUUGAUAGUGAGGAAUUCAUUGAGCAGCCUUGGAUCUCAAGAGUCUCUUCGCAGAGCCAGAAAUUCAGCAUCAAACUCCUCUAUUAAUUCUGUGGGUAUGGAGUCAUUUACAUCUUCUGGAGAGACUUCUUAUAAAGCCCCUCAGAGUCCAAAGGCUGAACCAGGCAAAUCUGUUAUUGACAGGUUAUACAAGGCACCUGCGAAUGCCAAACAUGAUUUCUUGAGAAAGUCGGAUAGAGCACUGCCAGAAAGAUACUAUCAGGGAAAGAUACCUGGUGAGGAAAAUUUUGCAGGAACUGAAAGCUAUAAAGUAUAUGAUUGGGUAAAUCGCAAAGUGAGAUCCCAGGAUGAUAUCCGUGAUGAGAAGACGUGCUCUAGUGCUACUGUACUGACACAUGCAACCCAAAGGCGAAACUCAGAACCCAUAGGAGCAGACAACUUUGUCCAUGGCUAUAGCAGUGAGAUGGAAAAUGGGUUUAACAUAUAUGGGCCAAGGUUUUUCCAGGAAUACUUUCAGAAGGAAUUGAGAUGGUUAGCGCCAAGGGUGGACAUGUUUCUUACGAGGAGAAAUCUCGGCCCUAAACUGCCAGCUGCCACCAAUGAGGAGUCUUACAUCUGGGAAGAGAGGAAAGCCAUUGUGGUGGCCCCAAGGCUGGAAGACCGCGAGGAACUAUUUGUGGACAUGAUUGACAUGCUAUGUGGAGAGGUGACAUGGGACAAGUUCUCAGAAUUUGUUCACGAAAAGGAACCACAGGAAAUCCCCAAGCCUUUUGUUCAUGAGGAGGAAGUCCCCAAGCCUUUUGUUCAUGAGGAGGAAGUCCCCAAGCCUUUUGUUCAUGAGGUCCGGGAACCAGAGGAAGUCCCCAAGCCUUUUGUGGAGCAUGUAUCUGUACAGACGGAGAAAGUCAAAUGUGAUGCAUGGACCAUUACACUGAAACCAUUUAUGGUGAACAAGCUGGUUGGAGCUGAACCAAAGCAUAAUAUGAGUACAAGCACUGACGACCUGAGGAAGUAUGUGAAGCCACGGAUCACUGUCGGGACCACUACAGCUGAUCUCCAGGAACUGACCAAACCUCGGGGGAUUCCGGUAAUCCGUGUCGAGGUUGGUACAUCAACAGGGGACCUGCAUGAUGAUUGGAGUGACUCUUCCCUCACACCCAGGGCGUCGCCGGUCUCCGUGGUUCAGGAUGAUGUGUCACCUUCAACCUAUAACUCCCUCCAUUCUGAAAACCUCAAGAGAAGUCUCAUUGACAGGGUGAACAGUUACUACAGGGAGAUUAACGUAACCAAUCUCCAUAGCAACAAGUGGGCAGACAGAAGGAGAUCUUCAAAAGCGGUGAUGACAGAUGAUGAAACAACACAGAUUCAUUCUGAGCUGAACAAACUAGCUUCUGAACGAAUUGAGAUUAUUGAACUUCUUGCCUUACACAUUCCCAACUUGCCAUCUUGUUUGACAGUUGAACUACUUGAGGCUAAACUCAACUACUCUAUUGGACAGACUGAUCAGUUGCUGGCCCUUCUGGAAGACUCCUGGGAACUUGAGGCCAGCCUUCCAAGCUCUUCUCGAAGCAAGGAAAUGAUCAACAUCACAAGGGAAAUCAUCUUCCAAAGCAGAGCUGAACUUGAAGAGUCCAAGAAAGCCAUAAAACUGUGUCUGGAUGAAGUGAGGCACAUCCAAGCUGGAGGCCACAGCAGGAAAAGGUUUCUCAACAGGGAGAUCAUGAAAAUGAAAAGAAGAGCCGAGAUUGAAGCCUUCAAGUUGGAGAGAAUGUGGGAACAACUGUUCUAUGAGAGGUCAAAAAAGCAAGAACAGUUCUUAAGGUCUACCUAUCCGAGGUCACCAUCAGUUUCCAGCACUGAUUCUGCUGUAGAUGCUAUGGAGAAAUAUGUUCACUUUUUGACUGAUCUCAGGAAAAGAAGUGCAUUGGCUGCCUCAGAAGAUGAGUUGAAUGACUUGAGAAUGCGCUCGCACCUGUCUCACUAUGACUAUGGUGAGCACCACGACAGCAGCUGGGACACCUCCAGCAUCUUCUCUACAUCCUCACAAGCAUCACAUGCUUCCCCCAGACACCACAAGGACUACCUGGUGGAACUCAGGAGGCAGAUGGCGUUGGAGAGGGAGCGAGACUUUCCGUACUCCCGAUCCAGAUCAAUAUCUCCCUGCCGCUGCAGUUUCUCCUCCACCCACUCACGACUGUCCUCUCCCUCACAGGUCGACUCAGGCCUGGGUCAGUCUGGUGCCAGCUCUGCACUACAGCCACAAUACUCCAGUAGUAGUUGGUCAAAGAGGCACACUGGACCUGGCUCUCUAUACACUGCAAGUUCCAAGUCAACCGCUUACAGAAGCUCUUCCCAACAACCUUCGUCACUGUACAUGUCUCAAGUUGACCUGUUGAGCCCUACACGUCCAAGUUACAGGUCAGCGGGCCGGUACUCAGUCAAGUAGAAGAUCAGCAACUUGUCCCUUCUUGUCCAAGAGGGUGCCAACCCCCUUUGGUACACUGGAUACCGAGUCCUGGUGAAAGGAUGCCAAUAUUUAAAUGGCAAAUCAAUAAAAUAUUUAGCCCUAAGCAUGUAAACAUGCAUAAUCAUGCAUUCUUUGUGAAAUCCCAUUCUAAUUUACUAGGACCAGCUGUGUACACUGCUAUGACUCAAGAGUCCUUAAACUGCAUGCCAAGACAAAUUAAGUGGUAUGUCGGAUGCCGAUAGAAGGGGAUUUGGCCCCCUGUCAAAGGUACAGGAUGGUGGGCAGGCAGUCAACUUUCAAGUAUAUCAUCAACUUGUGACUACUUGUCCAAGGUGCAGAUCAGCAAGCAGUGACUCAUUCAAGUAGAUCAUGGUCUCUGACAAAGCCCUAUGUCAAGACACCUGUUUUAUCUUCAAAAUACACCAGACUAACCAACACACUUCUAAACAUUUCAGUAUCAUGUUUGAAUGUUUCCUGUUUCUUUACUUUUAAGUAUGUUGCCAAGUUAAUACUAAAGAAAAUGUCCAUACUUGUUUUAAGCACAUGUAUAUCCUGUUUGGUUGUGACACUUGGAUGUAGAGUGAUCUCCCUUUAACUAUUUACACGAUACUAAUCGCUGAGUGUAGCAACUUCUUGUAUAUUUUCCAGGAUGUAUAAGGCUUUUCAUUUUCUGAAAGGAAAUCCAAAUUGCCUUUGGUGCCUUAAUUGUGUUUAGAAUCAGAGAUGAGAGAGGGUCAAUGGAGUUGAACGUGUAAGUACCAGGAUGUUAGUUGACAUGAUUUGGAUGGUCUGUACAUGUUAGUCCUCUGACAAUUAUACAUCAUGAUACGACUCAUAUAACCUCAUUUAUUUAUUACUUACACAAAUCCAAAGCUCUGACUGUGAUAACUUGUGUCAAGUAUUGUUAUGGAAUAUGUAUAGUGACAUGUAUGUAGUGGGGUGCGCGGUAUUACCGGUAGUUCGGUAAAUUGAGGUUCGGUCAUUGCAUGAUACAUAUCACAAUAUCAUGUUUUUAUGCUCGGUAUAUCGGGUGAUUUCAAAUAGCAAUUUUUAUCAUGUGUUUAAAGUUAUACACUUGGCAAAUAUGUAAUCAUUCGAAAUGUUUCCGUAAUUCCAAAAUCCAAGUUCACAUUCUCACAUUCAGCUCUGGUGGUUAGCACCAAGUCAUCACUGUCCCGGAGUGUGCAUCCUUUCCAUAUUUAUUGAAUUAGUAAACAUUAUGCUGUUCCAGCAUCUUGUUUUGUUCCAUAUUAAUAUGAACAUUAAUUCCUGCAUUAAUGUUUCAAAUUGCUUCUGAAUUCAAAAUUUUGAAUUAUACAAUAUAUUGUGAUACGUAUCGCAAUACGACCUUGUGCAUUGUAAAAUACUGUGAUACACUUUAAACAUCCAAUACCCAUCCCUAGUAUGUAGUAUAUGUGGAGAGAAUGUUAAUGAUAAUAUUUGUCUGCUAUUUUUAUGUAGCAGUUCAGAUAUUUAAUAUUUAUGUACCGUAUUCUGAUUCAAGGCAGCUCAUUGUGAUGACACAUAUAUAUAUACUACUCAAAAGUUAAAAGAACAUGACAGAUUAACUACAGUAAUAUGAAAGAAUCGGGUGUUCUUUAACUUCUUUUGUGUAAUAUAGAUAUCAUUUAGGGAAGACCGUAGAAUAAGGGUCUUUUUAGUGACACGUUCUUUCAAUAUUAUAAUAUAAAUAGAAUAAAUAUUGAUGAAUAGUACAUAAUAGUGUUAGACUGGGUAUAUUUAUUUGACUAAGUAAGGUAAAAAUAUAAAAUAAUUUCACUUCCAUCUGUGCAGUGGAGCUCAGUGCAGCCCCCUGGUGCAUGAAGUUUACAGAAUAACUGAUUACCGGUAGUUGAAAGGAGUGGCUUUCAGUAUGACAUUGGGAAGACUUUAUACUAACUGAUGAAAGAAAGUUCCUACUAAAUGUUUAUCACUGUACCCUUCACAAUAAUUACUGUUGUUUCCUCAAUAAGGUCAUACCAACUUUCGUUUCAUCCAAAGUUUUACAAAAUUGAAACCAAAACAAACAGCACAUGAUUCAAUGUUAAAGGUUCAAACCACUAUUUGUUGCAAGUUGUUUAAAAUCAAAUAUAAAUAUUAAACAUCAGCACCAGGGAACUAUUUUUCUCCUGCUACAUCUGGGCAUACUUCCCUUGAAUAUUAAAUAUUUUUUUAACACAAAAAACACUAUUGGCAGGCAGGAGUGUCACCAAUGUGAAAUCUCUGAGCAAAGCCAGACUUUGAGGGGGGAUUGGGUGGGGUGUUACGGAUUACAGCUCGCAAAAUCAGGUCUGUAGGUUGAAAAAAAUAAAAUAUAUAUUUUUUGUUUCCUAAGUUAGGAAAAUAAAAUAAAAUUUUGAGAUGGGAAGAAUAUGGAUUCAUGAUAAUUCAUUGUUUUGAAUUUUUAAGAAAUAUUUUCAACAGUUUUUAAUAAUAAUAUUUAAAAAAAUGUUUUUAUUUUACUAGUCAGUAAAUACUUUUGUUAUUUUUCUUGUUUCUGGUUGGCAGAAUAUAAAAACAACUAAUUUCCAAUUUUAUAUUUUUUCAAUAUUUGAGUGUCGUAAACCAAGUUUUAAAAGUGUUUAUAAAACAACGUAGGUUGCACUUAAUGAAUGCAUAAUUCAAGGUAACUGUGAUAUAGCUUGUUCACUUGUGAGCACUUUUAUGUGAACCUAUGGAGCAUUUAAAGUGGGCACACUUAAUAUAAUACUCACUCAUUUAUAGCCUAGGCUUGUGACACACAUACAUAGUGGCCAUGUGCUGUGUGACGACUAACACUGAGAUAGCACCAACACGAUAAUAUAUGGCAGUCUUACCACUUGUCUUUUUUAUCAAUGUUGGUUAUGAUGUAAUAAAAAAUGUACCCGA